AAGCUCUCUGCAGCACAUGUCAAAUUUCUGCUUCAGAGCUUGCGGCUUUCGUCCCUUUUUCUGCCCCAUACACUUCAUUCCUCGUCUCCACUUCAGGAACCUGCAAUCAAAGUGCGCGGCAGAGCAGGAUUCUGGCCAUUACAAGGUGUUGACUGUUCUUUGCCCUCCUCAGGACUGAAGAGCUAAGGAGCUGCAAUACUUCUGGAGACAAUUGCAUAAAGUCGAGCCAAAAAAGCACGCGUUGGCAGAAUGGCGUCAGAAGAUCGGGGCAUCACGUUCGACGAAAUGUACCGGAUACGCGUGUUUGACCCAGACAAGCAGCGGCAGACGAAGGAGCUCCAAGAGGCCUGCGAAAGCUUCACAAGCAAGAUUAGUGAGCUUGACAAGGUGGUCAGGGGCCUCUUGGAACAGAUAGGAGCUCAGGCGCAGAAGAUAGAGAACGAAAAGUUGAGGGCGAUGGGGCAAAGGUUGAAAGCGACCAUGGAACCGGACGUGCGAAAACGGAAGCUGGGGGAGCAAGCAGCGGUCCUAGCAGAGAAGCAACAGGAACUAGACGAUAUCGGCAGAGAGUACGAGUCCCUCCUGAAAGUACGACAUGAACAGGAGUUGAUGAUAGCGAAGAUCACAGACGCAGGGUCCUGACAAGCAGUCUCUACAGGUUCGAAAGCCGGGUGCAAGCCCUUAAAAGGAGGUUACGCAAGUGACUGUGGGGCUCUGUCAAAGAGCUCUCGUUGCGAGUCAGCUUGAAUGUACUUGAUUGCGUCUUCAGAACAGAUUAAUGGUAGUCGCGGCAUCAACACGUUCUGAGCCACACGCUUCUUCGCAGCCAGAUCAGACACUACGUUGUGAUCAUGACCCAUUUGGAUAUUGAACAGAAGAGCGGCCAUCGUUGCCGGAAGGACCAUCGAAUGAUCCAUAUAUGUACUGAAUUAAGAUGCUUGUUGCAGUACGUCGAUGUUGUCGGAGGUGCCUCAUGUGGCCAUCCCGUCAGCACGUGGCGAUCCGUG